CUCACUUCCCUGCGAUGUUUUGAUCUGCCUUCCUACAGACGUCAUACAGCCCUUGAGGAAUAGUUUCUGCCUCAUGAGAUUGAGUGAUAGUUCUCAUUCACAAAGGCAUACAGUCACAUUUUAAGCAGGGGACAAAAACGGAAACAGCAGUCUCAGGUAAAAAGCAGACGGCCCAAGCGAAGUGUGGAAGGAAAGCUUUUGUUCCCUCUCUGCUCUCUUGGCGCCACCGACAAGCGUGUUUUCCUCUGGUCGCCCUGAAAUGGAACUUCCCUGACAGCUCUGCGCUGGUUCACCGUAGCUCUGGGUCAUUUUCUUUUCUCUCUGCCCAAGUACUUUUCAGAGUGUUGGAAACCUUUAAACCUGUUAUUACUGAAUUGCCAAAAGGAGAUCAAGUGGCUCUUUCACGGAGCUGUUUUCCCUGGUGACCUAGAUGAAGAAUAGAUUGAAAAUUCAGUUCCUCCCUUGGCAAUACCAGAGAAAAAAGAAGCUGUCACUUCAGAACAGCCUAGUGCUGGAGUAAAUUCGGUCUGAGGGAGGAAAGCGCUCCAGCGUCUCACCGCCUUCCCUAUGAGCCACCUUUGGAGCAGGAGGGGGACUGUUGGAAAUUUGGAUUUCUUUAAGCAGUCUGUCUUGGAAAUGGAAUAUAUAUAAAGCCUUCUUUGCAGAAAGUCACCUCUAAAGUGUUAAUCAGGAUACUUGGAGACUUGUUUUUUCCCCUUCCAAAAUGAGCAUUAUUAUGAAGCCGAGAUCCAGGUCUACAAGUUCCCUGAAGACUACAGACACAGUCUGUUUCGAUGUGGACAAUGGCACAUCUUCGGGACGGAGUCCCUUGGAUCCCAUGACCAGUCCAGGAUCUGGGCUAAUUCUCCAAGCAAAUUUUGUCCACAGUCAACGUCGGGAGUCAUUCCUGUAUCGAUCUGACAGCGACUAUGACCUCUCUCCAAAGUCUAUGUCCCGGAACUCCUCCAUUGCCAGUGAUAUACACGGAGAUGACUUGAUCGUGACUCCAUUUGCUCAGGUCUUGGCCAGCCUGCGAACUGUACGAAACAACUUUGCUGCAUUAACUAAUUUGCAAGACCGAGCACCAAGCAAAAGAUCACCCAUGUGCAACCAACCAUCCAUCAACAAGGCCACCAUAACAGAGGAGGCCUACCAAAAACUGGCCAGCGAGACCCUGGAGGAGCUGGACUGGUGUCUGGACCAGUUAGAGACCCUGCAGACCAGGCACUCUGUCAGUGAAAUGGCCUCCAACAAGUUUAAAAGGAUGCUUAAUAGGGAGCUCACCCAUCUCUCUGAAAUGAGUCGAUCUGGAAAUCAAGUGUCGGAGUAUAUAUCAAACACAUUCUUAGAUAAGCAACAUGAAGUGGAAAUUCCUUCUCCGACUCAGAAAGAAAAGGAGAAAAAGAAAAGGCCAAUGUCCCAGAUCAGUGGUGUCAAGAAGCUGAUGCACAGCUCAAGUUUGACUAAUUCAAGCAUCCCGAGGUUUGGAGUUAAAACUGAACAAGAAGAUGUGCUUGCCAAGGAACUGGAAGAUGUAAACAAAUGGGGUCUCCAUGUUUUCAGAAUAGCAGAGUUGUCUGGUAACCGGCCUUUGACUGUUAUCAUGCACACCAUUUUUCAGGAACGAGAUUUGUUAAAAACAUUUAAAAUUCCAGUGGACACUUUAAUUACAUACCUAAUGACUCUGGAAGACCAUUACCAUGCUGAUGUGGCCUAUCACAACAACAUCCAUGCAGCGGACGUUGUCCAGUCGACUCAUGUGCUAUUAUCCACACCUGCUUUGGAGGCUGUGUUUACAGAUUUGGAGAUUCUUGCAGCAAUUUUUGCCAGUGCAAUACAUGACGUAGACCAUCCUGGGGUCUCGAAUCAAUUUCUGAUCAAUACAAACUCUGAACUUGCCUUGAUGUACAACGACUCCUCUGUCUUGGAGAACCACCAUUUGGCUGUGGGCUUUAAGUUGCUUCAGGAAGAAAACUGUGACAUUUUCCAGAAUUUGACCAAAAAGCAAAGACAAUCAUUAAGGAAAAUGGUCAUUGACAUUGUACUUGCUACAGACAUGUCAAAACAUAUGAAUCUACUGGCUGACUUGAAAACAAUGGUUGAAACUAAGAAAGUUACAAGCUCUGGGGUUCUUCUUCUUGAUAAUUACUCUGAUAGGAUUCAGGUCCUUCAGAAUAUGGUGCAUUGUGCGGACCUGAGCAACCCGACCAAGCCGCUGCAGCUGUACCGCCAGUGGACGGACAGGAUCAUGGAGGAGUUCUUCCGCCAGGGAGACCGUGAGCGGGAGCGCGGCAUGGAGAUCAGCCCCAUGUGUGACAAGCACAACGCCUCUGUGGAAAAAUCACAGGUGGGCUUCAUCGACUACAUCGUUCAUCCUCUCUGGGAGACGUGGGCCGACCUUGUCCAUCCCGACGCCCAGGACAUUUUGGACACUUUGGAGGACAAUCGUGAGUGGUACCAGAGCACAAUCCCUCAGAGCCCCUCUCCCGCACCUGACGACCAAGAGGAGGGCCGGCAGGGCCAGACGGAGAAAUUCCAGUUCGAACUGACCCUCGAGGAGGAUGGUGAGUCGGACACAGAAAAGGACAGUGGGAGCCAAGUGGAAGAAGACACGAGCUGCAGCGACUCCAAGACUCUUUGUACCCAAGACUCAGAGUCCACGGAGAUUCCCCUCGAUGAGCAGGUGGAAGAGGACGCUGUGGGGGAGGCCGAGGAGAGCCAGCCGGAAGUCUGUAUAAUAGAAGAUCAUUCUCCCGACACGUAAC